UGCUGACUCUGGUCAUUCAUUCACCUUUAAAAGAUCCCUCCCCCCCCCCCUUGACCAGGAGGGAUCUGUCCGUUUUCCACCCUUCUUAAAAGGCCGUUCUUGUCCUUCCCUCCAGACUCCAAUUCUAUCACUUUUCACUUGGAAAUUUUGGUGCUUUCUUGUCCUUCUCUCAUAGACAACGACCAUGUUCAAACCCACCGUCGCCCGUCAAGCCGUCAGGGCUCUGAACCGCGCUACUCGCCCAGCUGCAUUGGCUGCUACUCCGCGACAGGCGUUGGCCAACACUUUCCUCCGUCCCCUCUCAACUACCGCUCCUCGCGCCCAGAAAGAUGACAAGAAUGCAAAGGCUCCGGAUGGCACGGCUGAAGACCAGGAGGGUCGCUAUGCGCGUACCGACGAGACUGUGAAGAUUGAAUACCCCGAUGAUGCCAACAUGCCCCGGACUCCUGUUGUCCAGGGUCGUGGUGGUAUGCAUUUCAAGCGUACUCUCGCUCAAUUCUCGUUGGAGAACAAGGUCACCCUCGUCACCGGGGGUGCCCGUGGUCUGGGCCUGGUCAUGUCCCAAGCAAUUGUGGCAUCCGGCUCUGAUCUCGCCAUUGUGGACUUGAACAAGGAGGAAGCGGAGGAUCAGGCUAAAAAGCUUGUCGAGCAGUUCCAGAAGGAAAACCCUGGACUCGAAGAACUCCCUAAUGUCACUGCUCACUACGCUGAUGUUGCCAACCCUGACUCGGUCAACAACGCCCUCGCCGAUGUCAUCUCCAAGCACGGCCGCAUUGACCACCUGGUCACUUCUGCUGGUUUCACCGAAAACUUCGAUGCCAUUUCCUACCCCUACGAUCGCAUGCAGAAGCUGUGGGGGGUGAAUGUGGAUGGCACCUACCUUUUUGCCACUGGGGUCGCGAAGCAUUUGAUGGAGCGUAAGGUUCCCGGCAGCAUUGUCAUGAUUGGCAGCAUGUCCGGUGCUAUCGUCAACGUUCCCCAGCCCCAAGCUCCUUACAACGCUGCUAAGGCCGCUGUUCGUCACCUCGCCUCUUCCCUCGCCGUCGAAUGGGCGGGACAUGACAUCAGAGUCAACUGCAUCAGUCCCGGAUACAUGCUCACUGCUCUGACCCGCAAAAUUCUGGACGAGAACCCUGACCUGCGGGACAAGUGGAUUUCGCUCAUUCCGGUUGGAAAGAUGGGUGUGCCCGAAGAUCUGAUGGGAGCAGUGACUUUCCUCCUCAGUGACGCCUCCAAGUACAUCACUGGCGCUGAUCUCCGUGUGGACGGUGGCUACACUCUGACCUAAGCAAGUGGCCUUGGAUCUGCCGUCAGUUUUAUUCUUUUUAUCUUGUAAUCUUCGGUAUGAUGUAUGGGGUUGCAUUCUAGACAGGAUAUUUUGUUCUUGAUUUUCUUUUUCUCUUUUUUUUUUUUUUUUUUUUUUUUUU